AUGGAUUAUGUAUUCAGGCCUAAUCUGCCUCCUCUCACAAUGGCGGAACACAUUGGAACGAAGUCCCAUUUCAUCACUUGCAACCCAAGUAUACUGAGAGAAAAGUAUGAAAGACUCUUUUCAAGGCGAAAACCUUUCAUCAACCAUAUCAAAGAUUACGGUUCUGCAAUGAUCGUACUGCCAGCUUUCUCCUACGUCAGUAACACAGAUGUUUCCUUUCGGGUCUUUUACUCUGUAGAAGAAUUCAAGUUGAAAAACAAAGUUGUCUUCUACCAUCCGGAUUACCUCAGCAACAUUUCCAGGUACUGGAGAGCGAUGGGUAUUAAGGCCAGACGUCUAUCUUCAGGGGUCAUGUUAGUCACGGCUGCUAUUGAACUGUGCGACAAAGUGACUCUCUCUAUGGAUUUUGGCCCUUUUCUAGAGACCCAGAAGGGAAUGUUAUCCUUCAUCACUAUUAUGAUAACAGAAUCCCCAAACCCGGCUUUCACGCCAUGCCAGAUGAGUUCUAUAUCUACACAAAGAUGCAUUCAAUGGGAGCACUCUUUCUGCAAGUUGGGAAGUGUUGAAUUUAUGUAUUCAUAUAGAUACUUGAUUACACUUUGA